AUGCCUUUCAUUACCUUGUGCUAUACACUUCGUCUUGAUGCAAGAGCUAAUCAGACUUUCAGAUCUUCGGCAGCGUCGACCCCAGCGUCGUCCCGACCACGCCGAUCGGGGGCAUCGACUACUGCGAGCAAUGUCUCUUCCGCCACGGUUCAGCGCGGAUCUAGCUCUGCAGAUGAUCGACGACAAAGCCUCAAAUUGACCGUCAAGGCUCCUCCAAGCAAGUUGCGAGAAGUCAUGCGGGCCAAUGAAGUGGAUUCGCUUCAUGACACCCUGGGUGGAGGCAAAGUCCUCAACGCGCCUCGAAGUAGUCGACGUACUGCCGUGGCUGCAAGGGCCAGCGCUCGGGGUAGUAGACGACCGACAUAUGCAGAGUACGGUGAGAGCGACAUUGAAGAUGAAGAGGAAGACGAGGAAGAGGAAGAGGAGGAGGAAGAGGAAGAAGAGGAAGAGGAGCCCAACGACUUCGACCAGCUCGGUGCUGAGCCUGAGGGGGGCACUGAUGAUGAAGACGUGGAAAUGGAAGACGCACCUCCGCCUCCGCCUCCGCCUCCACCUAGGCGUCAUGCUCCGCCCAAACCGCCAAAGAUAACGUUGAAGCCCCCUGCCAAAGGGGACAGCAAAUCAUCAGCCAAGCCCAAGCUUAUCGUCACUCCCGCCAAGGUUGGCCCUCUCAAAUCCGUCGAGGAGCAAGAGAUGGAGGAUGAAUCAGAAGAUGAGUCGGUCGAGGAUGAUGAUGAGGUCGGCAAUUCAUCCGAGCUCUCUGAUGAGGAAGAGGAACCCACAAUAAACGUGCACGACGAAGACGCCGAGGGUGAGGAAGAAGAGAUUGUGGUCGAAGAAGACGCACCGGUCGAAGAUGAAGAACUCGACGAGGAAGACGAAGAUGAGGAUGAGCUUGACGACAGCAGCGACGAGACACCUGCUUCUGGGGCCGCCACUCCCGACCCGACCAGAAUGACGAAGAGGCAAAGGGGCAGGCCAGAGGAUCAAGGUUCUCUGAUGGCGUUGGAUAUGGCACCGCAGCAGCGAAAGUUCUUCACGGAUGAGGAAAAAGCAAUGAAGAAGGACGAACACGCUAGAAAGCGAAAAGAACUGACCAAGCGCAAAGUCCAGGAGGAGAAGACGGCCGCCUUGAAUAGAUUGCUCAAACCUCAAGUUUCUAAGGCGCGAGGUGCCGCUCCAAAACCAGAGACUUUGGCCGCUGCUGCGGCUGCCGCAGCAGCAGCAGGAUCACCAUUCGAAGAGGAAGACCUCCCACAGAGGGCCAAUCCAAUCUAUACCAGAUGGGUCAGUACGCAAGAUGGUAUGAGAUUGGGCGUACCAGAAGAAUGGUUAGGAAAGAAAGUCGGCCGCUACUUUGGACCUCCGCUGCCACCCAACGGCAAUGUCCUUAUUCAAGAGAUCGAAUAA